AUGGCAGCAUCGCGGCCUCAACACAGUCUCCCUCUCUUUGUGUGUCAAUUUUGCCGCCGGGCCCUUCGUGCUCCAGCGCCCCGCCGCUUUCUCUCCUCCGGCCCUUCCUAUCGCGCAGACGAUCGCCCUGCUGGUCCAAGCAAAGACGAGAGACUCAGCACGCCGCUGAACAAUGCCGCUCCGACAUCACGAGAUGCAGCGUCUCGCCGAACUGGCGGCAGUCCACCCAGCGGCAGCUUCGAUUUCUCUGGAAUCCUCGACGCCUCUCCUCAAAGCCUCAUCACCGAGGAAUUCGGCAGGAACUACAACCUGUCGCAGGAAAGGCAGAAGCCACAUCGAUUGCACGUCUAUUCUCAUAAACACAACACUCAUCUGACGCUCUCGCAACCCUCACGAUCCGCAGCGGACACGCCGAGCUCACGCACUGCAGGGGCCACCGCGACGGCGACGGAGCAAAAGAAAAUGGUCGAUACUCUUCUCUCCAUGAGCACAGGAAAUAUCGGCUUCCGAAAGGCCGGUCGCGGCACGUAUGACGCUGCCUUCCAGCUGGCCGCUUUCAUGCUCAAACAGAUCCAAGAGCGGGGUAUUUGGAGGGAUAUGAACCGGCUCGAAGUCGUCCUAAGGGGGUUCGGCGCAGGCAGAAUGGCGGUCACCAAGGCUUUGCUAGGCACAGAAGGCAGACACAUCAGGGGCAAGAUCACCGCAGUCUUGGACGCGACUCGGCUGAACCAGGGUGGGGCACGUGCGAAGAAGCCCCGGCGGCUGGGAUAG